GGUCCUAGAACCCCCGAGAGCAUAUGACAAAAUUUUACAUUGCAUGUAAUGUCUAUUCUUAUAUCUCGUCUGUGUUAUAAUCGUAUGACACGAGUAAACGUUCGAAACAUUCUGAUAAACGGUUGAAUGGAAUCAAAAUAGUUUUUGUCUGAAUCAUUUAACCGUGAAAACUAUUACAAGAUAAUACAUUUGUCCCUAUGUCAGUACAGUUCUCGUGAUGUGUAUAUACCAUGUAAAUGUAGAUACAUAUAUGUACCUAUAUUCGUGAAACGAACUUUAUAAUUUAGAGAUCUAUUAUAUUGUAUAACGUUUAAAAAAACAAUGAAAGGAUGCCAUGGAUGAACACAAUAAUGACCCUUAUGAGCAGCAACUUUACGCUGUGUUUCAAAGUUGCUUGACAAAAGGAGAAACUGAACUACAAGAGGAUAAUUGGCUCACUUUGUGCCAUAAAUUACAUCUUACGGAACAAAGCGAAGAAUUGAAAUCCUGUAUUCAACGUCACACACAAGAAAAGCAAUCUAUAUCAUUCCAAGAGUUUAGAACAGCUUUAUUAACUUUAUUAGACAAGACACAGGAAUUAGUUGCUCAUACCGAAAAAGAUUUUGCAGCAGAGUCACAAAGUAAUUUAAAUUCAUCCAAUGUAGAUAACAAAAUUUGUAGCCAGCUAUUACCUAAUAAUUCCAGAUCUACUGUAGAUAUUCUUAAUCCAAAAACAGGUGUAACAUUGGAUGAAAAUAGAUUGAAGUGUUUGUGGGAAAAGAUAAAUAACUGUUUAAAAGAAAAUGUAGAUUGUGCAACAAUGUAUUUCAUAUCUAAUUGUUUAGGAAUUCCAGCGCUUCCAAAACAAAUCACACAAUGCAUCUUUGAAAAACUUGACCAGAAUUGUGAUGGAUUAAUCAGUUUAGAUGAAUUUUUCAUUAUAUUUCAAAACAGAACAGCCAUGGAAGAACAAUUAAUAUUGGAUAAAAAUAAUGAGUCCAUAAAAGAAUUAAUUAAAUCAGAUUUUAGGAAACGUACUUUUGAUUUGCACACAUCUCGUAAAGCUAGCUUUACAAGAAAUAAUACAUAUUUAGAUGCAUGGAAAGUUUCUGGUCUUACAAAUACAUCUUUAUUAUCAGAUAGAAGUAUCAAAUCUUCAGAAACUUGUUUAUCCAAUUUAACAACUACUUUGUGCGAAGAAUUGAAGAAUUUUAAUGAUUCAUUAGAUCAUUCUACAAUUCGAUCACAUAUUAUGUUGUUGCGAGAUGUUUUGAUACUUUAUCAAGAAGAAUUACACAGUUUGAACCUUAUGGUAGAGAAUAAAAAUGGUGAAAAAGAGAAAUUACGUACAGAUAUCAUAGAAGCUAAUGAACGUGCUAAUGCACUUGCUCAAGAAAUUGACGAGCAACAUACACAGCAAGAAGCUGUUCUACAAAAUUUGCGAAAACAGCUUGAACAACGUCACACCGAAGUUGUACAAGAUCUUUCCAAUCAACUUAGUUCUGAACGAGAAGUAAAUGCUAGUCUUCUCAAGACAAAGGAUGACCAACUACAAAUAUUGCAGAAAGAAAAUCAUGAAAUCAGAAAUAAAUUUGUAAAUACUUUACAAGAAAAUCAAGUUCUAGAAGCAGAGAAUGAAAAUCUUCGUAGUAAAAUAGAAAAGUUAAAGCAAUCAAACAAUGAAUUACGAAGUUUAACGAAAGUAUUGUCAACAGAAUACGAUGAGUCGCAGGAUAUAGAGGUGAAGCAUCAACAGGAAGUUAUAUUUUUAGUUGAUCGUAUUAAACAACUGCAAUCAGAAGCUGUUUACUUACGAGAUCAAAAUGAUGAACUUACUAUAGAAUUGGAAACUUUAAAAUUGCAUCAGAAUCAUAUUAAAGAUACAAGACAAAAUAAUGUAGAAGAUGACUGUACUACAAACAUACAAUUAGAUGAGACUGAAGAUAAAGGAGCAUUUACUGCAGAUAUAGAAGAAGAUUUAGAUGUACUUUUCAAACAUUCCACAUCUAUGCCUUGUACUUUCAAUGAAGAAGAGAACACAAAAAGCUAUAAAAAGAUAGAUUUUAAAAAAUUUAAAGACUUGGUUACAAAGCAAUUAAAAAAUAUAUUAGCAAACAACGAUGCGUGCACUUUAGACAAUUGUACGUUUAGAAAUGAAAUCUCAGGAAUGAUUACGAAACUACAAUCAAAUAUGCCAAAUUUUAAAGAAACAGAUUCUGUGAAAAGUAUCGCUUCUGAAAUGCAUACAGAAUGUGAAGAACGAACAAGUGAAUCGUUAAGAGAUUUUGUUGUUCCCAAACAUAAAAAUUCCCUUUCUGUUAAGCGAAUUACAGUAACAAAUAAUAAUGAUAAUAACUUUAAUAUCGAUGAUAAUUUUAACAGUCCGGACACAAAAAAUGUAUCACAGAAUAAAGUUCCAAGUCUUAGAGAUUAUCCUCCUCGCAAAGAAGAACAUACAACCGUUGAUCAUUCGAAAUCAAGUAAAGAAAAAGAUUCUUCGCUUAAUAUAAAAAUCAUUAAUGACGUGAACGUGAAAUGUAAUCCAAGUUUAAUAAAACAUGAAUCGAUUGAAGAUGUUAAUUUCUUAAAAAUAAGGAUACAAGAACUUGAAGUAACACAUGCCGCAGAAAAGAAACUAUUAACUGAACAAUGUGCAGAAUUGGAAAGAAGUCUUGAGCUGUUAAAAAUUGAAUAUGAAGAAUGCGAAGACUACUGGACCGCUAAACUGGAAGAAGAAAGACAACUUUUUGAACAAGAACAAAAAAUUAGCGAUGAAAAGUUUUCAGAGCUUAUAACAAAAAUGGAAGAAUACGAAGAAUUAAUUUGUCCAAUAGACAAAGUAAAAAAUAAUGGUCGUUUAUCUCCAAUUGAAGAAAAAUUUAAUUUAGAACAACAAUAUUUAGAUCUUGUAGAGGAAUUUGAAAAAUGGAAAGCGCAAGCAGAAAAAGAAAAGUUUCAAAAAGAUAAAGAAAUCGAUGAAUUACGCGAAUUGAAGUCUUUAGAACGACCGCAAAUGACUGAUAUAUCCGUUCAAGUAACAGACGAUCUUAUUUCGUUUUCUCCAUUAAUACAAUCAAGUUAUGUUCCUAAUAAUUUGUUCAACAUUCAACCGUCCACUGAAUUUACAUCUAAGUUUACACAAUGUAAUGAUAAUAUUAGUAAACUAUCGGAAGAAUUUAAAUUCAAUCGAACUCUGGAAUCUUCAGGCUUAGCCAGUGACUUCAUUCCCAGAGUAAAAAAAGAACACGUUGGCCUUACCGAUUGUAAUUCACGUCAAACGUCUAUAGAAUAUUCUAUAGCAGAUUUAAAUAGUACAUGUAAGAUUGAAAAACCAGCAUCCCAAUGGAAGAUGACAGAUGCUAAUGGAAAGUUUCCAAAAGAAGAAUGUAUGCGUAACAUAGAAUAUGAUUUAAUGCAAGAUUCAUGUAAACUACAGAAUUUGAAAGCAACAAAUAGUCAGUGCGUGAGAAAUGAUGUACAACCGCAACUGUGUUGUGUUAAUGUGAAUGUAUUGCAGAGUUUAAGUAUGAAACUUCAGGCACAAGAAUAUAAAAAGCAUCAGUUGCAAGAAUGUUUUAAGCAACAAAAGUACCAAAUUGAACGUGUACUGCAACAUAUUAUAUCUCAACAUCAAUUAGAAGUCACACAAUUACAGUAUUUGCUACGUAAUACCCAAGAACGGCUUCAAAUAGAAUCACAAACAAGUGCGGAACAGGCAGAACGAUUGGUACGAACUGACUUACUAGUAAAAGAUUUGUAUAUAGAAAAUGCAUAUUUAUCAGCCAAUCUGAAACGUUUACAACAGCAUUACAUGUUAAAAGGAUUAAAUCCUGAAUCUACUUCAAUAUGAUACUGUAAACAGUUGUUAGUAAUACCGUAUUAUCGACUUAAAUAUUGCAAAGUUUGCCUACUUUAAUACCGCAAAAUUAUGCCUAAAAAAUUCCGAAAUUAUUCCCCGUAUGAAAAUAAUGAUGCUCCAACAAUAUUAGUGAGAAUAUUAAUAGGAAUCUUCACUAUCUUUUAAUGUCAAAGUGCGAUUCAGGGACAAUAUGAAUUUAUUUAUGUUACUAAUUUUAUUGAGCAUUCUUUUCUUUUUAGAUAGAAUUUCCUUAAAGGAUUUAUUAGUAAUCAGUAAGAUUGUUAAUUUUAGUUUUCUCAGAGCUGAUUACUAAUAUUAAAUUGACAUUGGUUUAUGUUAUAUAUUAUUCAUUCAUGUUGCUUUCAACAUUUCUAUGUACAUACGCAUAUUAUGCAAAUAGAUUAUACAAAUGUUCAGCUCUACAUUAAGAUCAUUUAUGUAUUUAUAUUGCUUUAAUAUUCAAUGUGAUUUACUGUAAUAUUAUAAUAUAAUACGAUCAAUGGACAGCAGAUUUGUAUGCGAAUAUCGAUUUUUAUAGAUUACAAAUACUGAAAUAAGAAAAUUUAUUUCGUUACCGAAGAAAUUUUCUAACUUAAUAUAAGAAUUUCAUUAAUCUUUGUUAAAUUAUAAUAAUUAUUUGCAUAC